UGUAGUCAUAUGUUAAGAGAUCAUAUGUUGACAUCACGGUUAUUUGUAAUGACAGGAAAUUCAGUGAUCUCAUUGCCCCUGUUUACAACAUGGCUGGCGAGCAGUUUUCUGUCUGUUUUGUUGGUUAAUGAGGCAUUCUUCAGCAUGGUCUUGGGCUGUGUGAGAGCUACAGUUCGUGUGUGGGGGGGGAUUUGAGGUCUAUCACCACAGGACCUGAUCACAGUCCGUUCAGCAGCUGUACCGCAGGCCACGUACAGACAGCGCAUACCGUAUGGAGCCAUGUUCAUGGUGUUGAAACAAUUCCUCCGCCAGUGCACACACUACACUAUAUUUACAGAGAUGAGCGUUUAGUCGUCCACAUAGCUGCCCUUUUCAGUCCAAAACUAUAUUUUAGAAAGUGCGGCGGCAGUUUUUUUUUUUUGAUUCGUGCACUGUUCAGAGUAAUUGGACCCCAAGCCUGAUUUUGGGUGAGGUAAUGUUUCCUCAAUGCUGUGUGAGCAGUUUUAAUCUAAUUUCACGCACCCAGACACAGGCGUGCCAAUACUUUAAUCUUUCUGUGAAUGUACAGAGGAGCAAAAUUUCGCUUACCCAAACACAGCCGAGCGUGCCAAUACUUUAAUCUCGAGGAGAAAUACCAAGACGUUUGAGUGCAAACAUUACCAAACACAAGGAGCCAUACAUUUGUCUGAAAUGUCUUUCUAUGCGAGAGGUGCAUUCAGGUCCAUACUUCAGAGGUGAGAAUUUUCCGCAGAUUCGCGGAGUUCCACGGAUUUGACGUCCAAACAGGUCAUUCUUGAGAUCGACGCAAAUCCGGCGAGAGAUUUUUUUUGGCAGGACCUCUCGUGCAUCAGGCGAGCUCACCGGCUGUGACCAGAUAUUCGUGUUUGUUUACGGAAAUCACAGCCAACGAUUUUGUAAGGAGCGUUUUGAUUGGCCGUCUCCCUCACUUCCGUUCGAAUCAGCCAAUCACAGUAUGCGUACAGCGAAGUUGGAAUUUCCCCAGCCAUAUUUGUGAAGACUGGGCUGAUGCUUGUAGCUUUGAAGUGUAACUGUACUAACUGUGAAAAAAGUGGCUAUGAGUGUGAAACAGAUGGGGCCUGCAUGGUCUCAACCUCCUACAUUAAAGGCCAGGAGCAGCAUGUGCGCAUCUGUAUUCCACGUGAGAGUCUAAUCCCACCUGGUCAACCGAUCUACUGCCUGAGUGCUGAGGGCGUGCUCAACACACUCUGCUGCUACACAGACUACUGUAACAGCGUCGACCUGCAGGUCCCGACUGGGGUGCCAGACACCGGUGGUAGCUGGGGUCCGGUGGAGUUGGUAGCAGUCAUAGCAGGACCGGUCUUUGUUUUCUGCCUGUUGCUGAUCAUCGGCGUCUUCCUGUUCCAGCACCACCAGAGGACCUACAACCACCGGCAGAGGCUAGAUGUAGAAGAUCCCUCAUGUGACCACCUUUAUCUCGCCAAAGAUAAAACCCUGCAGGACCUCAUAUUUGACUUGUCCACCUCUGGCUCUGGAUCUGGUUUACCUCUGUUUGUGCAGAGGACGGUAGCAAGGACCAUCGUGCUGCAGGAGAUUAUCGGGAAGGGCCGCUUCGGGGAGGUGUGGAGGGGGAAGUGGAGAGGAGGAGACGUGGCUGUGAAGAUCUUCUCCUCCAGAGAGGAGCGCUCCUGGUUCCGCGAGGCUGAGAUCUACCAGACGAUCAUGCUCCGGCACGAAAACAUCUUGGGCUUCAUCGCGGCAGACAACAAAGACAAUGGCACGUGGACUCAGCUGUGGCUGGUCUCGGAUUAUCAUGAACACGGCUCUCUGUUCGACUACCUGAACCACUACUCGGUCACCAUCGAAGGCAUGAUCAAGUUGGCUCUGUCAGCCGCUAGUGGUCUUGCACACCUGCAUAUGGAGAUCCUCGGAACGCAGGGAAAGCCUGGCAUUGCACACCGAGACCUCAAAUCUAAAAACAUCCUGGUGAAGAAGAAUGGCACCUGUGCUAUUGCGGACUUGGGCCUGGCUGUACGCCACGAGUCCAUCACUGAUACUAUUGACAUCGCCCCGAAUCAGAGAGUGGGCACCAAGAGAUACAUGGCCCCAGAGGUGCUGGAUGAAACCAUCAACAUGAAACAUUUCGAUUCGUUUAAGUGUGCUGAUAUCUAUGCCUUAGGACUCGUGUACUGGGAGAUAGCGAGACGAUGUAAUGCUGGAGGUAUCCAUGAGGAGUACCAGCUGCCGUACUACGACCUCGUGCCCUCUGACCCUUCCAUAGAGGAGAUGAGGAAGGUUGUGUGUGACCAGAGACUGCGUCCCAAUGUGCCCAACUGGUGGCAGAGCUACGAGGCCUUGAGGGUGAUGGGGAAGAUCAUGCGCGAGUGCUGGUACGCUAACGGGGCAGCCAGACUCACGGCCCUGCGCAUUAAGAAGACUCUCUCGCAGCUCAGUGUGCAGGAGGACGUUAAGAUGUGACGCGCACGUGGGCUGCUGCUCCCCCUGAGACGCACGCUCGGAGCGACCUGCCAGUUUCAGACACGGUUUUAUAAAGUUGUGACAGGGGCUACCUCACCUUUUUAGCCAAAACUACUGAGCUUAAGGCCACUCCAGCCGUUCUUCAAUCCCUCCACUGGCUCCCGGUCCAGUCUGUCUGCGUCCGUCUGCGUCACGUCGACUCUACACGUCUCCACUGCAUGGACAGUUAGUUUAAACAGGAUAAACUCAUUAACUGUGACGGGACACCGUCGAAAAUGGACGAUUGUGUGCUAGGUUGUAUAUGCGGUCUUAUUUUGCGUGUCUCCUUUACGCCAUACAGUAUGUUGUACUCUGAAUCAUAGCCUGUUCUCCACUAUGGUGGUGGGAUUGCGUUUCCUGGUUUUAUCUGCUUUUAUCAUAGAGAGGGAGAAGCAAAAGAAAAGGAAGAGCGAGAGUGAAAUUCCGUGGCGCUCGGUUGCAGCGUCGCCUCGCCGUUAAAGGAAGUCGGUUGCGUUCGGGGAGUUAGAUGGUUGCCGAGAAAGUGCUCAUGUGAAUCGAGACUCGUUUAUUUAACUAAUUAAUAUUGUGACCUAGACUUACUGUACAAAAAGGCAUGUUUCUUAUCAGCGUUAAGAUUUGUGUGCGGUUGACUGUUUAACAGGGAUUUUUUUUUUCCUUCCCUUUUUCUUCUCUUUAAAUUUACCCCCGAUUUAUUUAUUGAAUUCUUUCUUUUUAUGUAAUGUAGCUGUUCAGGACACUGUGCGAUUUAGUGCUCCUUCAGGUUAAGGCCAUUAAUGAUGUAUACAAUAUAUAAUGCUGUGCAAACAUCAAAUUCUUGGCAAGAAAUGUAGCAUAAUUAUGUUAAACUUUUUUUUUUCCUUCCACCUCCCCUUUCUUUUCCCUCCCUUGCAUUUUUUUUUUUUUUUGAGCAUGUGCUAUACGCAACUGGCCUUCUGUUGAUCGGAUUUUAUGAACUGCACUCUUGCUCUUUUGGGGACGUGGCAGAAGGCGACUGAUCGUGCCACUUUAAGACGCACCCUGUAAACGGUCCAUGUAAAGUAAUGCAUCAAUCUAUCUGCUUAUUUAUAAAAUAACGUUUAUAAUCUGCAACUUUCUAUGAUUUCAUCAUAUAUCUUAUCACUUUUAAUUCAAGCCAAUGGGAAGGUACUACUGACUGCUCAGUUCCUUGCAUGAAUGAAAAUCUUUAAGCUUGUAAGUUUCGUAACUCUGUUUCUGAUGCGCGUAGCUUCGUAUGCCAGUGUAUCUGAUAUUCUGACCCGUCUCUCUAAAUGCAGGAAUUUGCACUCGGUCCCAGUGCGAUCUGUAGAAUUCUUUGAACAGCAAUGCAAUGUGAAAUUUAGAGAGUGUGUGUGAGAGAGAGAGAGAGACCUCCAGGCUCUUUGGCGGUUUGACGAAGGGCAUUCAAGGUCUCCAUCACAGUUGAGAGAGCGCCGUGGAUGAAUGCACACAUGAAUCUCAGUAGUCUUUACGUGUAGUGGGUUUUUUUUUUUGAGUAUAGAUUAAAGGAAAAGGCAACUUUUGUACAAAAUCACCACAAAUAGAUAGAUAAAUAUAUAAAGUAAUCGAUCAUGGAAUUUAUAGAGAAAGAACAGACCGCAUAACAGUAUCUUUUAACUUUUAAUAAUAUGGGCUUGCGCUGAGCUCAGCGAAGAUGCGUUCCGCCAUAUUGAUCUACUGCGUGACGUCAUGCGGCCCACCACUGAAAAGAACUCUUCAGUGCUUCAUGGUAAUAAGGUAAAAAACCAGUACAAUCGCUUCUUCAAAGUUUCACCAAAUGGUUUUAUUUAUGCAACUUAAAGCUCAUAAUACUGUAGAACUUUGGUCGAGUAAAAACACGGAGCAAAAACAUGGCUGAAUCCUGAAUGACUCCUAUUUGGAUUUGUCCUACCAAGCCUACUGCGCAUGCGCGAAGCGGCUCGGCUCGGUUUUCCCUUUCGGGCGCUCUCGUUUUCUGUUAGAAUUUGGUAAAGAAAAAAAUAAAUAAAUUAGUGCUGUCAAAAAUGUCGCGUUAUUAACGCGUUAACUUGACUCAAUUUUAACGGCGAUAAUUUUUUUAUCGCGAGAUUAACGCUCUGUGACAUGAUGUAGGUUUUUCAUAAGCUUUUGAAACUGCCAGGAACCUGGAACACAGACUUUGCUUAGAAAAACGAUAGCAGCUAGACUGUAACGCCCCGCACAGCCAGAGUCCUCUGUCACCACCCCCCAAAGAACCAGCGCGGGCAGGGCGCGCUAGCAGAGAUGGGAUUUAUGGCUCUUUGAUGGGAUCCGCAUCUUUGUGAUCCGUUCUUUGAAAAGAGCCGUUCAAAAGACUGGCUCAUUCGGCUCUUUUUAAAUAUUUAUUCAGUUUUAAGAAGACAGCGUCUAAAGAAGCCAGAUCCCUCUGAACUGUAAACUCAAUGCUAUCCCAGAAAUCCUUCCUGUAAUAUGCAAAUUUGGCCGCCUCUGAUUGGACAGCGCGACGCAUCAACAGGCAGAAAGUGUAAAAGUACAAAAUGUGUUAAGUGAGCUGAAACAGUAAAGAUCAGAUUCAAUGCAAUAUUUAUCAACGAACAACUUAAACUUAAUAUAAUAGUGUACUUUAUAUUAUAAUCAAGCAUGUCAAGCCUACCGUCACUGUGUAACCUGUCUCUCUGAUUAGAGACUUACUCAAGCAGUAGAUCACUUCACUCAUGGUUCUCUUGCUAGCCUCGGGACGAAGAGCCCCGGUGCUCAGCUUAGAUUUCACUUUACAGUGGCUGUGUCAAGACGUGUUAUGCUUUGCAAUAAAAAAAACAUUGGUACAAAACAAGCCCAUUCACUUUUUUAUGCUGGUAAGAGAAUUACAAUGGUUUUUCGUGUGACAAAAAUGUGCGAUUAAAUUGCGAUUAAUCGCGAGGUAACUAUGACAGUCGCGACAUUAAUCGCGAUUAAAUAUUUUAAUCGCUUGACAGCAGUUAAAUAAAUAUUAUUUACCAGCUUACCGGGUCUAUGAACAUAAAUCUGACAGCUGACAAGGUCGGGAUAUAAACGAAUCGAAUACAAGCCACCCGCUGGGACUCCUAAUCACAGUGAUCUGUCUGUAAACACUGUUUUCAUGGGCCCAGUGACGUCACAGAUCAGAGGGAGGCGUAUUAACGAAAGAUUCUGAUUGGUUUAUAGUUGCCCACAAUCUCAAAAUGGCUGCCUCCUCCAACUUCGGCUCCUCUGUGUCAAUUCAUGAUUUCAAAGUUAAAAAUAUUUUUUCAUGUUCGAUAUAUAAUGGAAAUAAUUAACGGAAUUGAUUACGUAUAUGUUUUUCUCCUAUUACACACCUGGUUUUGUACAAAAGUUGCCUUUUCCUUUAACACAAGUGUCUAUAGCAUGAGGAGAAAAUAAACUUGUCCAGGAAUCUUGCUUCGAGUCUUAAACAGGCUGCUUUGGGGAUGGAAGGAAGGAAGGAAGGAAGGAAGGAGAGAGAAAAAAAUAAACGGUUAACACUUAUGAUAUUGCAACACUUUCUGUCAUACGUUUCUGACACAAUAAGGUUAGGUUACUAAUUACGCAACCUUUCUUUGUACCAAAUUCUAUCUUGUUUGCCAUUUACCAAAACGACAGACAGCAGUACUGUAAAAAAAAAAAAAAGUCAAGUGUGUUUGGGGUUUUUUUUUAAAUCACUGCAAGAUAUAGAACAAUCCAUCUUUUUAACAACAUCCUCCGAGUCGAGCACUGGAAUUUUUGUUUUGACUAAUGAAAGGAAAAAAUGGACUUGUCGCCACCUUUUCUUAUUUAUAACUCAUGUGUUUUGCAGCUGGAAUUUUGCUUUUGAUUGUGAGGACAUGCUGCAUACUCUUUUCUACAGCAAAUACUUCUGACACUUGGAGGGACUUUACAGCAGAUGUUAGUCAGGCCACUUACUGGAAGAUAAUCGCACUGGUGUGGAGACUAACUGCCCUUGUUUGGUUUGUCACAAACUGGAUGCUGUAAUUUAAACCAGAUGUUAAACCCAUGCUAAAUGCAAAUUCAUUUGGGGAUUUGUCGAAAUUGUACAGAAUACAUUUUGUUUUCUUA